ACACUAAGAAGAUGGAGAGCAGUGUGCUGGCGCUAUGGGUGCUGGUGACGCACGUGAUGUACAUGCAGGAUUACUGGAGGACCUGGCUCAAAGGGCUGCGUGGCUUCUUCUUCGUGGGCGUCCUCUUCUCGGCAGUCUCCUUCGCCACCUUCUGUACCUUCCUUGUGCUGGCCAUCACCCAACACCAGAGUCUCACAGACCCCAACAGCUACUACCUCUCCUGCGUCUGGAGCUUCAUCUCCUUGAAGUGGGCCUUCCUGCUCAGCCUUUACGCCCACCGCUACCGGGCUGACUUUGCCGACAUCAGCAUCCUCAGUGAUUUCUGACCCAAGGGGUGAGGUUUCUGGACCCCGGGGGUCCUCAGGACCUGGACUCAGCCUCUGAGACACCGGACAGGCCUGCCACACCCCCUGGAAACCCUAGAUCUGUGGCAGAAGAUACAUAGCAAGAGGACUGUGGUCUCCUGGGAAGCUGUCCUGUCCCCAUUGUGGGGGAGAUCUGGGUGCGGUGGAAAGGGGUCCUUCUUGCCAAGUUGCUCCUCCUCAGCCUGGUUGGAGGGCAGCUUUAGACCUUUUCAAAUGGAUCUAUUUUCUUAGCACUCAGUGAGGACUCUUCUUAAGGAGGGCCAGGGCAGUGAGUCAAGGGGUAGAGCAGUGAGCCUUGACCUAUGCCUGGGGGCAUUCUCCCUCAGGCCAGGCUGGGAACCUGGGAGGUCAGGCCAAGUAGGGGAUUUCUGGUAGAGGCCUCUCAACCCCACAGCCCCAACCCUCCAUCCUGUUAUCCUUGAGAGUCAGAUAGCUUCACUCCUCAAUCCCCGGGAUGGCAAUACUUGGCUCUCUUUUCCCAAGGCCUGGGGACCUGAGAGUUUAGUGUCCCUCACCCCCCCAGAGCUGGUCUCCCAUGAGUGUGCUAGAGCCAGUCAUCUUCGUCAUACCCAAACCCUCUCUUUUACACAUACCACCGCCCUCCCCAGGCAGGACUCCCUGAACGGGGCCACACUAAGCGUCUGGGGAAGGUGCCCUGCCCCUAGAAGGGCUCUGGGGGAGGGGGCAGCAUGGUGCAGGCUGGAAGGAGCCCCUCAACUCUGUGCCCGUGCACCUCCAGCCCUACAUUUCCAUCACUUCUCACAUGCAUUAUCCCCAGCCACGAGACGCCCCACGGAUCCUGGCCCUGCCCACUGCCCUUCACCUAGAGCUUUCGUCUUUUUUAAUCUCCUUUCUGAAGGACAACACAUCCGCUUUUCCGCCUAUACACUGGCACAAGGGCUCAUCUAACCAGGAGGGAAGGAGCUAUUGUCACAUAGAUCUUUUUAUGUUAGGUUGCCAUUUUGCACGGUCUACCCUUUCCCCACCUGACGUGUCCUGCCCUUCAGCUCUUUGCCUUAUCUGUGUCACUGUCACUUUAGCAGAAAUACAGCAGCCAUUUGUAUCAGACAGGCUCUGCUUGUUUCUUGUGGGGUGGGAAUCUUGCAGGGGGUGGGGGAGGUGCUGUGGGAACGGUAGGCAGGAAGGGCGGUGAUGGAGGGUCUCUCCUUAAACCAUCUCCUUAGCUCAAGCCGUGCCCUGGAGGGCAGAGGGAAGAUCUGUGUCUCAGGGGCUGGAGGCCCUCUCCCUCUGGCCCCUCUUGGCAUGGGGAAGCCCAGCGGCUUGGCUCUUAGCCCGCCCCGGCCGGGGCGAUGAUGCCAAGAGGCACAGCUUCGGCACCCCCAGUGGGAUUUAGUGUCCUGUCACCCAAGAGGCCAGGACAGAUGGGCAGGGGGUGAACCUGUUUCCCUUCAUGUUCUCCCAGGCUGAGGGCUUGGGGCCAGGUCUGAGGUGACGCAGCUGCCAUGCCUGCUGCCUGGAGAAACCUGGCUGGCUCAGACCAAUAUAAAGAUGGGCGUCGGCAGCCUGGCACCUUCCUCUCUGGUGACUGGAUGAGCUUGUCCCAGCCUGUUGCCUCAUGCUUGGUCUCUUCCCUGGUGCAUUCGAGCAGGGAGGGACCAUAAACAAUGUCUAUUUCUGGAGUCUUUAACUGAUAAACAGAGGCCCCAGGAGGCGACAUGACUUACCUGAGCCCACAGCCGGGACUUGAACUCAGGUAGGUCCAAUUUGCCACUCUCUGGGGAUGUCUUAGUGAGCUAGGUCUAUGAAACUAUAUCCCCACUCUCGGCAGGCCUUGUCUGUAUGGACUUAGCUCAAAGCUGCUGCCUCUUUAUCACCCCACCCACUGUGGGUGGGUUGGGGAAGCUAGGGUACGUUCAGAAUGGAUGUUUCCUGCAAGGGAGUGGUCACAGAAAGGCAAGGAGCUGGAGGGGUGCCGGCCCACACCAAAGGAGACGCCGCACACAGUGCAUGAGGCCAUAUGCUUGCUGUACGCCCCUCCCCAGGAGGCCCUUCCACAAGCACCUUUAAAGCAAAUAAAACAUUUAUUGUUCA